AUGACUCGGCGGCUGUCGUCUCUGGAGGUUCUCCUCAGCGUUGUCGCAACGCUUCUUCUCAUCUGUUGUGUUGGACUGAUUGUCAUCUCGUAUCUCUCCCUGAAGCCCGAAGGUGCCGUUGAACCGGUGCAGCUGACGGGUCAGAUGGUGAUCAAACAGGGAGCUGAGUUCUCUGAAGAGCUGAAGAACUCCAGCAGCCUGCAGUUCAAAUCUCUGGCUUUCGACAUCCAAAAGCUGGUUUCUGAGGCGUUCAGUCUCAGUGAGCUCAAACAGGUGUACAAGUUCUGUCAGGUUCAGCACUUCAGUCAAGGUAGCGUGGUGGUGACCUUUGACCUCUGGUUCGAUCAGCUGGUUGAGGCACAGGAGGCAGAGCAGCAGCUGGAGGCGGGGCUUCAGGAUGCUGAAGGCGGGGGAUUGGUGAUUGACAGGAACAGCAUCCACAUCACAGCUCCGCUGAAGGCCAACAUCUCUGCCAUCUCUCCACUCAUCACCAAAAUCAUAAACCAGUACCUCCUGGCCGGUCAUAUCCCACCUGCAUUAAACACUGCUGUCAUCAGACCACCACUGGAAAACCCCACCCUGAAUCCAGAACACACCACUGGACUGUCAGACAUCACACAUAACUGGUUCACGUCAUACCUGAUUGGCAGAACAGAACAUGUCAUCCUGGGCAAAACAAAAUCGUACCCACACAACGUGACCUGUGGUGUCCCUCAGAGCUCGGUCCUGGGCCCCACCCUCUAUUUAUCUGGACUGUCCUUUGACACCCAUAUCAAACACCGCUGCAAAACGUCAUUCUAUCACCUCAGGAGCAUCACCAAACUCCAUCCUGCACUCACCUUGGCAGAUGCAGAGAAGUUUGUCCACGCCUUUGUCUCCUCCAGGCUGGACUACUGUAAUGCACUCCUCAUCAGGAGCAUGCAGAGAACACAGUCCAUCCAGAACAGCGCCGUCAGGAUCCUGAUGAGGGUGUACAAGCAUGAGUACAUCACCCCCAUCCUGAAAUCCCUUCACUGGCUUCCUGUCUCACUCAGAAUUGAGUUUAUGAGUUGUGGUGUUCUCAGGGUUGACACAGGACUCUCCAUUCAGCUUGACUUCAGGCAGUUUGAAACCGAAGAGAGCAUCGACACUCUCAGACUGUACGAAGGCAUCGGAUUGGACAAACUGCUCACAGCUGAGCUCUCAGGCUCCACCCCACCUGGGACUGUGUGGCUGUUGACCGACCAAUCGACGGUGGAGUUUGCCUCCGAUGAUAUCAUCACUCUGCCAGGGUUCAAGGCCACCUACAGUGCCGCCAACAUGUCCAGCCUGUCCAACCAGGAGAAGCUCAGCUGCAGCUUUGAGAACGGCAUGUGUUUCUGGAGGCAGCCGCAGGACGACGACUCUGAUUGGAUCCGAACCAGCGGCUCCACCUUCCCCCCAAACACAGGCCCGAGUGGGGACCACACGCUGGGUAACGGCUCUGGUUUCUACAUCGUCACUCCUGUGAGCCCCAGCCAGCAGCCGAGCAGCUUCAGGAUCCACAGCCUCCCGCUGGCUCCGCCCACACGUCCCAUGUGUCUGAGCUUCUGGUACCACAUGUUUGGGGAGAACGUCCACCGUCUCAGAGUCCUGCUGCUGCUGGCGCCAACGCAGACCGAGUCCACCGCCACCGUGCUGUUCCAGAAAGACGGAAACUAUGGUAACACCUGGAACUAUGGCCAGGUGACCCUCAACCUGACAUCAGAGGCCACGGUGACCUUUGAAGCUCUGAAGAAGGGAGGGUUCCUCAGCGACAUUGCUCUGGAUGACAUCACACUGACAUCUGAUGCAUGUGGCCCCGCCCCCCCUGAACCAACCAAUGUACCGCCUCCGUUGACCCCGCCCCCCAUACCAGCUGACUGCGGAGGACCCUUCAACCUCUGGGAACCAAACUCCACUUUCAGCUCACCAAACUACCCACAAUCCUACGGGAACGAGGCAGAAUGUGUGUGGACCCUUCAUGCUGCAGAGGGUCACAACAUUCAGCUCCACUUCCUGGACUUUGACAUUGAAGCGACCUUUGACGUGGUAGAGGUGCGGGACGGGGCGGGACUGAACUCGACCUUACUGGCUGUUCUCACUGGCAGCGAUGGCCCCGCCCAUGACCUGUUCUCAACAGCCAAUCAGAUGACAGUGCGGUUCUUUACGGACGAGUCGGGGUUUGGCCGAGGAUUCAAAGCCAACUUCACCUCAGGGGUCGACCUGGGGGCACCAGCUCCGUGUGCAGGCGAUCAGUUCCAGUGUCAAACAGGAAGCUGUGUCCACGGUAACAGUCUGUGUGACGGCGCGGUGGACUGUCCUGAUGCAUCUGAUGAAGCCAACUGCA